UUUUCAGAGAGAAGCCACUCCAUCUUUCUUUUUCCUUUUUCCUUUCUUCUUUCUUCUCCUUCUUCUUCUUCUUUCACAUUCUGAUCUGGAGCAAUGGCGACCGAAGAUGAAGCGAGAGAAGCAGCAGAUGGGACGGAAGUCCAAGUGGAAGCUGUGGAUUUAGGAACAGUUCAUUUGCAUGCACACCCAGAAGGCAAGCUUUCAUCUCUGAUGGAGAUCAAGAGCAUGGGAGAAACCGUUGUUUCAACUGAAGGAACGUUGAAGAUUCCAGAGGAUCAAGUUUUUGUAGAAGCACCCUCUGAUGUCCAACUUCCUCCAGAACAUAAUUUAAAUGGUGAAGCAUCUUCUGUGAGUGGCCAUACGGACAAAGAAGAGAAGGUUUCAAUUGAGCAGCCGCAUGACAACGACCAGGAAGAAGCAGAACUAGAUCAGAGCAACGGAAUCAACAAAGAAGAUGUGACUGAUGGUUUAAGCCAUGGAGAGAGCACACCAGAAGACAACUGCCUUCUGAAGCACAAGAAAGAUGAAGAACCCCAGGGUGAUGACCAACAAGAUUUAGGUGUUACAGUGAAUGAUGACUCUGUGCAGGAAGACACGCUGAAAACUGAUAAUGCUAUUGAGCAAACAGAUGUUGGUCAGCAAGACCAAAAUCAAGAACCAGAAGAGGCAAAUGAGAACACAGAACCUGCAAGCAUAACAAGCAAUGCCAAUGUUGACAAUGCUAUUGAGCAAACAAAUGAUGGUCAGCAAGACCAAAAUCCAGAACCAGAAAAGGCAAACGAGAACACAGAACCUGCAAGCAUUGCAAACAAUGCUGAUGUUGAGAUUGUAGCUGAGGCACCUACUGGACUCCAAGCUCCUGUGGAGAGACGUACGAAUGAUUCUGAUGGCAUUCUGGAGACUAUUGAUGAAAAGAGAGAAACAUAUGAACCAGCUAAGGAAGAUGAUGCUGUUCAUCCUGAAGAGAUGGCCAAAGUAGAAGAUCAACAGAGUCAGCAAGCUGAUAUGAUGGAUGCAGAUGUGGCCCCGGAAGAGAUCAAAUGUGAAGAAACUGAUCAGCAGGAAGAGAAGCCUAAAUCUGAAGCUCAUGAGCCAACAAUCGAUGCUCAAGGAGUGUUGAGUCAAGAAUCUGCUGAAGAAACUGAUGACCUGAUGAAUGAAAAGAUUAAAGAAACUGCGCACCAGAGGAAUGUAGCAGCUCCAAAGGAGACAACACUAGAACAUGAAGCAACAAUGAGUGCUCCACCAGUAAAUACUCAAGUGCAGAACCAGGAAUCAUUAGAAGAAAUAGAAGAUACUGAAGCAGAAAUCCAACCAAACAGUGGUUUUGGGGAUGCAAUUCCAGAAGAUCAAUCUAAUUUAGGUGUUACAAUAGACAAUGACACUGUGAAUGAGGACACACUGAGAGCUAUUGAGCAACAGGAUGAUGGUCAGCAAGAUGAGGAUCUAGAACCAGAAAAGGCAAUUGAGCAUACACAAUCUGCAAGCAUGGCAAACAUUCCCCAUGUUGAGAUUGUAACUGAAGCACCUUCUGGAGUCCAAACUCCUGGGGAGACGAAUCUGGACAACUCUGAUGCCGUUCCAGAUACUAUUGCUGCAAAAACCAAAACAGAUGACCCAGCUAAAGCACACACUGUUAUUAAUCCUGACCAGAAAGAGAGCUUUCCAGAAGAUACAUCUAAUGCAGAACCUACAGAAGAGGUAGUCAAAGCAGAAGAUCAACAGAGCCAGCAAGCUGAUGCGAUGGAUGCAAACAUGGUGCAGGAAGAGGUGCCUAAAUCUGAGCACGCUGAUGAGCCAGCAACUGAUGCUCUUGAAGUGCUGAAUCAAGAAUCUGCUGAAGAAAUUGAUGGCCCAGUGAAUACUGAAGGAACAGCCCACAAGGAAACAACACCUGUAGAUAUUCAAGCGCAGAACUGGGAAUCAUUAGAAGAAAGAGAAGCUACUGUAGAAGAAAGAGAAGUUGCUGAAGCAGUUGAUACUGAUGCACCAGUGCAACAAAGCACUGUUGCUUUUGAGGAGGCAGUUCUAGAAGAUCAACAUAAUUUAGGUGUUACAAAUAACACAGUGCAGGAAGACACGUUGGAAGCUACUGGGCAAACAGAAGGUGAGCAAUACCAGGACCUAGGAACAGAAAAUGCAACUGAGGACACACAACCUGCAACAACGGCAAACAUUCCUGAUGUUGAGGUUAUAGCUGAAGCACCUUCUGGAAUUCAAACUCCUGUGGGGAUCAAUCUGGACAUCUCUGAUUCCAUUCCUGAUACUACUGAUGGGAACACAGAAAUAGAUGAGCCAGCUAAAGCACACGAUGUUGCUCAUCCGGACAAAAAAGAGAACUUUCUAGAAGAUACAUCUACCACAGAACCUACAGAAGAGGCGGUCAGAUUAGAAGAUCAACAGAGCCAGCACGCUGAUGCAAUGGAUGCAGACGUGGUGCAGGAACUGGUGCCUAAAUUUGAACACACUGAUGAGCCAGCAACUGAUGCUCUUGAAGUGCUGAAUCAAGAAUCUUCUGAAGAAAUUGAUGGCUCAGUGAAUCAAAAGACUGAAGAAACAGCCCACCAGAGCAACAUGCCAGCAUCUGAAGAGAAAAUGCCACAAUCUGACGCGACAACAAGGGAGCCACCUGUAACUAUUCACGUGCAGAAUCAGGAAUCAUCAGGAGAAAGAGAAGCUAUAGUAGAAGAAAGAGAAGUUGCUGAAGCAGUUGAUACUGAAGCACCAGUGCAACAAAGCAGUGUUGCUUUUGAGGAGGCAGUUCCAGAAGAUCAACAUUAUUUAGGUGUUACAAAUAACACAGUGCAGGAAGACACAGUGGAAGCUACUGGGCAAACAGAAGAUGAUCAUCAAUACCAGGAACUAGGACCAGAAAAUACAACUGAGAACACACAACCUGCAAGCAUGGCAAACAUUCCGGAUGUUGAGGUUAUAACUGAAGCACCAUCUGUAAUUCAAACACCUGUGGAGAUCAAUCUGGACAUCUCUGAUGCCAUUCCAGAUACUACCGAUGGAAAGACAGAAGCAGAUGAGCCAGCUAAAGCACAUGCUGAUGUUCAUCCUGACAAGAAAGAGAGCUUUCUAAAAGAUACAUCUACUGCAGAACCUACAGAAGAGGUGGUCAAAGUAGAAGAUCAGCAGAACCAGCAAGCUGAUGCAAUGGAUGCAGACGUGGUGCAGGAAGAGGUGCCUAAAUCUGAAUACGCUGAUGAGCCAGCAACAGAUGCUCUUGAAGUGCUGAAUCAAGAAUCUGCUGAAGAAACUGAUGGCCCAGUGAAUGAAAAUACUGAAGAAACAACCCACCAGAGCAAUAUGCCAGCAUCCGAGGAGGCAAUGCCAGAAUAUGACGCGACAAGGGAGCUACCUGUAACUAUUCAAGUGCAGAACCAGGAAUCAUUGGAAGAAAUAGAAGCCAAAACUAUAGAAGAAAGAGAAGUUGCUGACGCAGUUGAUACUGAAGCAACAGUGCAACCAAGCAGCUCUGCUUUGGAGGUGGCAGUUCCUGAAGAUCAACAUAAUUUAGGUGCUACAAAUAACACAGUCCAGGAAGAGACACUGAAAGCUAUUGGGCAAACAAAAGAUGGUCAGCAAUACCAAGAUCUAGGACCAGAAAAUGCAACUGAGGACACACAACCUGCAAGCAUGGCAAACAUUCCUGAUGAGGUUAUAACCGAAGCAUCUUCUGGAGUUCAAACUCCCGAGGAGAUCAAUCGGGACAUCUCUGAUGCCAUUCCAGAUACUACUGAUGGAAACACAGAAACAGAUGAACUAGUUAAAGCAGAUGGUGCUAUCCAUCCUGACCACAAAGAGAGCUUUUCAGAAGACACAUGUAUUGCAGAACCUACAGAAGAGGUGAUAAAAUUAGAAGAGCAACUUGAUCAGCAAGCUGAUGCGAUAGAUGCAGAUGUGUUGCAGGAAGAGGUGCCUAAAUCUGAACACGCUGAUGAGCCAGGGGUUGAUGCUCAAGAAGUGCUGAACCAAGAAUCUACUGAAGAAUCUGACGGCCUGGUGAAUGUAAAGACUGAAGAAACUGAGCACAAGAGCAACAUGGUGGUCCCUGAGGACACAAUGCCAGAACAUGAUGCACAAAUGAGGGAGUCAUCUGUAAAUAUUCAAGAACAAAGCCAGGAAUCAGUAGGAGAUGCUGAAGCAGAGAUGCAACAAAGUAGUGUUGCUUUUGAGGAGACAACUCCAGAAAACCAUGUAGCAACCACAGAUCCAUGUUCUGAAAUCCAACAUGCACAUCACGUGGAACCAGAGGAAAUCAAUGUCCCUGGAGAUGCCAAAGAUGAUGAGAUCACCAACAUGAGCAAUACCGAAAAUCCAGUUCAAGAUAAUAUUCUGCAGAGUGGGCCAACAAUAGAUACACAACCAGUUCAGGAGUUGGAACAAGAUAAAACAGAUGAAGCUUCUAACCAGAAUCAUGUUGUUGUCUUCAAUGACCUAGCUCAGGAAGAUGCUACAGCAACAAGUGAGCCACAAGUGACUGAAACAGAAGAACUAAAGGACAUUGAAGCAACUGAAGCUGAAGAAAUCACCAAACUUGACCAUGUUACUCCUUCCAAGGAACUUGCAGUAGAAAAUGAUUCAACAACAGAUGAACCAGAUAAUGGUGAAAUCCAUCAAACCCUUGAACGAGAUUUGGUUGAAGUUAAGGACACUGAAACUUACCAUGAAAAAACUAUAUCUACUUCAGAGGACACAGUGGAAGAUAAUGUAGCAGCAGAUGAGCCAAGUUGUGGUAGUCAAGAAGUAGAUAAUGCAGACAUAGCUGAGAAUACUGCAGAAGUCUCUGAUGUGGUGAUUGUUGAUGAGGCAAUUGAACAGAAUGUGCUACAGACUGAGGAUAUCACUGAAACGCAUAAACAGGAGCUAGAACCAGAAGAAAUGAAGAGCACAGAACCUGUUGAAUCAGAGGAAGCUUCUAAUCAGAGGAAUGCUGCACAAUUCGAUUAUUCAGCUCAAGAAGAUAAUAUACAGGAAAGUGAGAUGCAGCAGACAGAGUCAGCAACAGAAAUAAAGGAAACUGAACCCACUGAAGUCGAAGCAGUUCCCCGAGAAAGCAACACCUGUGUUUCAGAGGAGCCUUCUCAAGAAGAUCAUAUAAAAGAAAGUGAAACAAGUUGUGACAAUCAAGAAGUAAACAUCACAGAAUCUUCAGAAGUAAUUGAUGGUCAGAAAGAUAUCAUAACUGGAGGGAUCUCUGACCAAAGCAACACAGCUUCUGCUGGGGGUUCAGCUGAAGAAAGCAAUGUCCCUGAAGGCGAGCCACCUGCUGAUAUACAGGCUGUGCAGGAACUGGGAUCAGAGGAGAUAAAGAACACUCAAAUUGAUGAAGUGAAUGAAAAAUCCCUUGAAAUGAAUGCUACUGUCUUUCAGAUGCCAACUCAAGUAGAAACUCCGGCCACAACCGAAUUGCAUGAAUCAACAGAGGUGAGCAACAUUGAAGCCACAGAAGUGCACAGAAACCCCCACCAAAGUGAUGCUGCUGCUCAGUCAGAGGAGCAGGCAACAGAAGAAAUAUCAAGCAGUAUGAAACCAGAACCAAUCGAAGAUAAUGACACUGAAGCCACCGAAUCUCAAAGUACCUCCCAGGAAAAAAUAAUCUCUACCGCUGAGGAGUCUGUCCCAGAAGAAACAGCAGCAGAAGAUAAUGUAACCACUGAACCAGACAUUGAUCACCAACAACUUCAGGAUCAAGAAUCUGCUGACAUCAAGGAAAUUGAAGCUGAUAAAUCUCAAGAAAUUGCCUCAUCUAACACUCUUUCUUCUGAGGAGUUCACAUCAACAGAACCAAGUUCUGACACUCAAGCAGACAAUUCACAGUUAGCAGAAGAAACUGAGGAUACAGAAAAUGUGAAAAGCAAUACUGCUCUUGUUGAGGCAGCAGCUCCAGAAACAGAUGCAACUGCUGAUACAUCAUCUUUCCACGAGGCAGAUCUAGAAGAGACCAAGGACACAGGAACAAUUGAAACAGAGGAUGUUAUGACAUCAAGUGACUAUACAUCAGAAAAGAUCCUGGAAACCAUGGAGACUGAAGCAGUCCCUCAUGAGAGUAAUGUUGCAGAUAUAAAGGAGAGCACUGAAGACGAUACUUCAACACCAAAUGCCCCACGUACUGGUAGUGAACCUGUUCGUGAACUAGAAUCAGUUGAAGACAGCACUGACACAACGGAACAUCCAGGAGAGACCCAUGGUUCUACUUCUGAUGAUCAUACUCCAACAGAAGAAAAUACAUCAGUAACAGACCCAUCUUUUAACACACAAGAAGUGCAGAAUCUGACAUCUCAAGAAAUCAAGGACAGUGAAGAUGACAAAACUGAAGAAUUCUCACAUAUCAGUAGCUUUCCUACUCCUGGAGAGGCAGAUCAAGUACCAAGAAUUGAACCAACUCCUGAUGUCCAAGAAGUACAAGAACUGGGCUUAACAGAAGAAACAAGAGAUAUUGAAGCCAUGGAACCAGAAGAUCAGCAAGAACACAUAGUUUCUACCCUUGAGAAGCCAGCAGUAGAUGGUGAGCCAAAUGGUGAUGAUCAGCAGGUUCAUGAGGACAAACUACCAGAAGUGGAAGACAAUAAAGCAAUUGAAGUUGAUGAAGCCUCCAAGCAAAGUAAUAUUGCCACUCCUGAUAAUGCAGCUGGAGAAAGGAAUGAACUGGAAAGUGAUCCAGAUUCAUAUGCCCAGCCAGCAGAACAGGUAGAAUUAUCAAUAGACAAUGAGAACAACAAGCUUGUAAAGGCAGAAGAAACCUCAGACCAAAGCAGCACUGUCGCCCUUGAAGAAAGAACAGAAGAUUCUGUUGCAAGUGAAAUUGACCCACCUGUUGACAUUAAACAAGAGCAACCAGUGGAAGAAAUCAAGGGUGUCGAUGCCACUGAAGCUGAAGAAGACUUUCAUACAAGCCAAGCUGAUGCAAUAGAGAAACUAGCUUCAGACAAUAAUAUAGCAACAAUAGAACCGACUUAUGAUAUUCAGCAAGUGGAUGACUUGGAAGCAACGGAGGAAAAGCAGAGAGUUGAAGCCAUUAAUGAUGGAGAACAAUCCAAUAUUGCUGUCUCAGAGGAACCAACUCCAACAGAUAAUGGAGCAACACCAGAAGAUCAACAUGUAGAAUCAAAUGAAGGAACGAUGGGGAAUGAAACUGACAAUGUCAUUUUGGCACACGGAAUCAAAGAUGAAAUACAGAAGUCGACAGAACUAAAGGAUGAUCCAUGUGAUUUGGGCGAAACUGUUUUCACAACUCAGAGUAGUGAGAACUUGAUUGAUGAAGAUGUUGUUCAAACUUCUGUGAGCGAUACAGUGGAGACUUCAAACAAUAUCUAUCAAGUCAAAGAAGAGCCAAAUGCUGGAACUGAACAUAAUUCAAGCCAAAUGGCAAGUGAGCAUAAUGGAGAGAACACAACUCAUGUUCAAGAUAGAGAUAUAGACGUGCAAAUUCUCACAGAAAGUGGCAAUGCAGACGCAUCACAGGCUUUAUUUGAAAAUGAUCCUCAGGCAGCACAAGAUACUACAGAAAAAGAUGAUACAACAAAAGGUAGUGAACAAACCAUUCAUCACAAUAGCAGGCAACAUUGUGAUGUAGCACUUCAACAACAAAGUUGUGAGACAGAUGCCUUAUCCAUUUUGGAACAAGAUGAGGCUCUGCAAAAGAUUGACUCAGAUCAAAAGCAGAAAGAAGAUGAGGAGAUUGAAAGUCAGAAUGAUGAACUUCAGAUAGAUGAACAGAAACAUGAAGACAAGAGGGAUGAUUUAACCACAGAACCACUAGUGGAGUACCAGAAUUUCGAAAAUGGAGCUACAAACAAGACAAAAGACAAUGAUGCAUUCGAGGCUGAUCAAACAAAGGCAGUCAUUAGUGGGAUUCUCAAGAAUGAAGCCACCCCAAGCAUUAUGGAUAUGAAGGUUGAAAACACUAAGGAAACAAGGGAAGGAAUUGAAGAUGAUGAUGAUGCCAAAAAUGAUAACAAAGAAGAGCAUGAGAAUGCAGAAAACGAUGAUGUAGUAGCAAAAACUUCUACUAGUGACCAAGCCGAAACAACUGAUGAAAUUAGAAAAGAAGAGAUCGAACCUGGUUUGGUAUCAUCUGUUCAAGAAGCAUCUGAUCCAGCUCCUUCAAAAGACAAAAUACUAGAGAAUGAUCUUGUUCAUGUCAUUCAAGCAUCAGAGAAAGAGAUUGCAGAUGAAAUAGAAGAAAGUAAAGAAAUACAUGAAGACAAUGCUAUUUGUCAUGAUGAACUACAGACAAAUUCUGAAAAGGAAGAAUCGCCUCAACUGCGUUCCAAUGAACCAUACAAUGUGGAUGCUAAAAUUGAUGCAACACCUCUAUGCGAAGAAAUAAUCCAUGACAAUGCAAGUAUAAAGCCUAGAGAAACUGAAGAGAUAGGAGAAAACAAGGGACUCGACUCCACUUCUGAACCUUCUGUAGAAUCAUCCAUACAGAAUAAUGUUGAGGACUCAAGCAAUCAUCACGAGGUUGAAGAUGAAAAACUUUCAAUGUCUGAGAAAAAUGAUGUAGAUACUGAAGCUAUGCAAGAAAAAAAUGACGAAUCUGCUGCAGAUUUAAACCAAACAGAACAAUGUCAAGAAGAAAUUAAUGCAGAUGAUGUUCUGCAACUUGAAACAGAAGAAAAUUCAUUUGACAAGAUUGAAGAAACUGCUUCACAUGAGGAAACAGAGAUAAGCAGUACAACAGCCACUGAAGCAGUAACAAUCAAUGACGAUAUUACUGACAAGGUUAGCGGAGCUGAUGGAGCACCGUCUAACGGAAGUCUCAAGACCUUUACUGACACUGGAAGGGAUCUUGAUGUUUCAUUGGUAAUUACAACAUCAAAGGAAGAAAGUGUGAAUGACAAUAUGGAAAACCUCAAUCUUGACCUUCCUGGACAUCCGGCACAGGAUGACAACACCCCUGAAAAGGUGCUCAGCUUAGAGGAAACAGAAAGAGAGGUGCCUUUGUCAGAGAACCUCCUUCAAACUGAACCAGGAGAGAAUCAAAUUCCCAAUGAACAGGAUGAAAAGGACAAACAAGAUGAGAAUCAAACCCCAAAAGAAAGGAAUGAAGAGGACGUGCAAGAUACAGAAUUUGGAGAGGCUAAGAAAGAAGUUGAACAAGAAUUACCUGUCUCCCAUUUUCUGAUGAAUCUAAUAUUGGGAAAAGAGAGCAGUGAUGCAAAUGAAGAUUCAGAAUCUAAGGCUGCAAGGAAGCAAGGUGAAGCGACAGAAGAUGGCAGCUGCGCGUUCAUUUCUAAACAAGAAGAAAAUCUGCAGUCACUUCCUACAGAAAAUAAGGUGGAUGACAAUCUCACCUUUGUUGAACAAGAAAAACAUGAAGUUAAAUGCCCUGAAGAAACACAGGAAAUGGUCAAAGAACAAAGUGAUGAUCUUAAGAUGGACACAGAAAGAUCAAUUAAAACUGAUGAGGAUAUCAAAAAGAACACUCAUGAUUUGGAAAUACCAGCAUACCAAGACAAUACCCAGGAUGAGAUUUCUGGUGAAUUGCUGACAGGAGAAGCAGCUGGUGUUUCUACAAAAAUGGAAACUAGAGAUAUUGAUAUUUCGAGUGUUGAGCUGGAUGACAGAGCAGUUGGUACUGUGUGUCAGGAAAACAUGGAGGAAUCAACAAAAACUGAAAAUGGAAGCUUGAGGAGUAGCCUGAAUGACUCAACAAACACAAAGGCUCCCAAAGAGGAUACUCUAGGAGAAGAACAAACAGGACUCGUGCUUGAAUCUUUACCUGAAGACAAAAGUGUUGAUGCAGUGUCUGAGCAAGCACCUUUGUUGACAGAAUCAGGAAUGACUGAUGCCAAUGACUUGUCUAGCGAUACUGCAAGUGUUCAGAACCCUGUGUCUGCAAAAGAAGACAAACCCACUGAAUCUGCCAACAUUGAGGCCACAUGUUCUACUGAUAUUCAACUGGAGAACGAAGAAGUAGAUAAGAACGAAGAGGAGCAGCAUGCAAACACAGCCACAGAUGAAGUUUCUGAAGAGAAUGUAGAAAGUUCACAUGUAAAUCUGCAGAAAAUCACAAGCUCCGAAGUAACAUCUAAUGAACUAGCAACUCAAAUUACUGAACCAGUUUGUGACACUCAGACAAUUUUGGCUCAUGAAAAGGAAAUAUCUGAAGAAAACUUUCCAACAGCAGUCGAAAUUCAGGCUGAUGGUCCAAACUUGCAGAUCAACCAAGAUAAGCAAGAUGAAGUGGCUGACAACGAAUCUGCAAUGGAGCUUGAAAAGGUUGGGGAAUCUAAUUUUCAGGAACACCAGGAAAUUGGUACUGAGCAAAAGUCUCCUGAAGAGAUUGAUGAAGGAGGCCAGCAACUUUUGGCUAAGAAAGAGAUUCUGACCCAUGAACUAGAUGUGCAUGAGACAGUCGAAAGUCCUCAGCAAACAGUGAGCAUAAAAUCCAAUGAAGACCAGGAACUGUUUGAUCCAAAGGUCCAGGAACGUGAUCUCAAUGUAGUUUCACCCAGAGAAGCUUCUGAGGCUGAAGAAAACUUUGUGGACGUAAGCAAGCUCUGGCUGAUUCAGAGUCCAGAGGCUGAUGCAGAACAGAGUCCAAAGGCUGAUGCAGAAGAGAGUAUUUAUGACGAGAAGAUAAAGGACAUAGAGGGAACUAAGAAUUUCACUGAUGAAGCAGCAAUGAAAACUGAAGCACCAGGAGCAGCCCAGAAGGCACUUAAAAAACAAAGCCUAUUGUCUGGUGUGGGAUCAAAGGUAAAGCACCAACUUGCAAAAGUGAAGAAAGCCAUCGUAGGCAAACCUGGGCGCACAAAACCAGAAUCUCCGAAGGCAUAAAACUUCACUCGCCUUACAACAUGUACAUUAUUGUAUUGUUUGUAGUCUUGUGAGCCAUUUAUUUAGGUGGUAGAAUGUUUGCGAUGGGCUAGGAGAAGGUCCUCUUUGCAACCAUCCCAUUGGAAUUCUGUGAUGUUGCAGACGUUUGUCCCCCCCCCCCCCCCCCCUCGAGAGUAUGUUGAAGAUGUUUGUAAAUAUGUCUAGUGUGUAAGGUAGAAUCGAGGACAUGGACUUGGUCAAUUGCUUGUAUUCUUUGUUGAUAUGCACAAGCAAUUUGUGGUCAUGAUGCAGCAUAUUCUUCACUUUACUCAA